AUGAUUGAUCCGCGUUUUGCCAAUCCUGGCGCGAUUCCUGUGGAAACUGGAUAUGAGGGACAUAAAUCGUCCAGUCGUCGUCAUCAUCGCCGCCACCAUCGUCAUCGUAAGAAUAAACAUGGUAUUGUUGGUGAAUCGCCAUUAAGUCGUGAUGAAUCGAUACAUAAAGUAGAUCAUAUUGAAGGUGCAUCGAUAGGUACCGGCUUUGGUGUACCAUUUAGUGGCAACAUUUCAGGAGGUUUUUUUCAACAACAACAUAUGGAUAUUAGUAAUCACGGUGAAACAUCUGAGCAAUUAGUUGAUCAACGUUCUCCAAGUGCAUUAAAUAAUGAAGUAUCACAUGUGCGCCCAUCAAUUUCACCAGUUGGAGCUGAAGCCAGACAUGGAUCUCAUCAUCGACAUCAUCGUGGUCAUCACCAUAGUCGUCAUCAUCAUCAUCAUCAUCAACAUCAUCAGCAUCAUCAGCAUUAUGUUGGUCAUACAUACACUGCUGGUGGUUAUGGUCAUGUAAGCGAUGAUAUAAUCUUUAUUGAACGUGGUCGUCACGGCCACCAUCAUCAAGCACCACCUCCUGGCUUCAUAUACAAGGGCAUGAUACAAGUUCAAGGCUGUGAUACAAUAUAUCGUUCACGAUCUCGUAGUCGACAUUUGGCCCUUCCACCACCAGCACCAGUGAGACCUAUAAAUCUCAAUCCUUGUCCACCUGGAUGGCAACUAGUGAAUGGGGUAGGCGGUAAUCCAUGUCCACCUGGUACUACUUUAUACACUGGACAAACAUUUGGAGGUUAUGGUACCCUUGGAUCAUAUGGUUCAGGUGGACAUUUUAAUUUAGGAUCAGGUUUUCCUUAUCCACCGUGUGGUCAACUUGUAGCUGAUUAUAUUGUUGAACCAAGCGCUGGUGGUUUUAUUACAUCAGGUGAUGGUGGUUAUAUGAGUAGGGAGAGGGAAGAACGUGUCCCAGGUCGACCAACCAUUAUCGAAGUUUGGCAAAGACGACCCAGAUCUCCAACACCCAUAAGAUCACGUUCUCGUACUCGUUCUCGUUCUCGUUCACGUUCACGUACACGAAGUCCACACGGUGCUACAGCAAUUGAUCUUGAACGACUUCGUAGUGACCUUCUUAUAGCUAUCGAACGUAUUACACAAGGUAUACAGGCUAAAAUACACUUGAUUGGGCAUGAAGGUGGUACUCAAACUCAUCCAAUUCGUGAAAUCAUAUCAGAAAGGGAACGAACACCUGGCGAAGUUCGGGUAAUUGUACAACCUAUCCAGCCGGUCUUCUACAUGCCGCGACAAACCGAGGUCAUACAUCAACAACCAGCACCAUACCCACAAAUAAUACCACAAAUAAUUCCUAUUCAGCAACCUACUCCUAUUGUGCAACCUGCACCGGCACCACAAAUUGUCUAUGUUCCACGGAAUGUUUACGUGCCUGUUAUUAAACCUGUCUUCGUUCCACGAGAACGUGUUAUUGUACGUCCUCAAGUCGUACACGUUGCUCGACCUGUGCUUGUUGAUCGACCAGUGCCUGUAACACAGCGACCCAUUAUUAUCGAUCGUGAACGACCUGUUCCUGUGCCAGUGCGUACUGUGGGUGUAGGAAGACCGGGUGGUGCUAGAACGAUUAGAGAAGAAUAUGUCUAUCGAGACAACUUACCUGUCGCUUAUGGUGGCCGUUGUCCUGAAUAUGCUGGUGGUAUUCACUAUGGUUAUAUGCCAACUCAACAAGAGCAUCAAUAUGCUACCAGUUCAGUUCAUGAAGUAUUAAAUAACUAUCCAGCACCAGGCCCAGUAUUGAAUGUACCUGCUCCAAACCCAUAUCAAUAUCAUCAAGCAGCUGCUCAAUACAAUUUAAAUCAAGGUGGCGGAGUAUAUGGAGGGUAUACUGAUGUAGUUGGAGCAAAUACUGCAUCAGUAGUCAAUGGUCUACCACUUGAAUGUACAGGUCCAAUUGAAGUACUCGAUGCAACUAUUAAUCCUAGUUGGCAAAGGACAGAUAAAGCAACAUUAUUACAUCGUUUUGGACGUCCAGCCUAUGACAUUGUUCAACAAACUGAUCAAAUUGAACAACAAAUACUUCAGGGAACUCUUGGUGUUCAAAGAACUCAUUCGAUGGCUAACUAUGGAGCAGGUUCUGGUUACUCAUCAUUUGCAGCUGGUAAUAUAAACAAUCUGAAUUUAGGUGGUGUUGUUCAUGGAGUUGGAGCACCAAUAGAUCCAUACAUCAAUUAUUAA